UGGAUGGAGGGAUUGUGUUAGGAGCAGUGGGUCAACAAGUCUUGUGUGGUUGGUUGGUUUGGGUUGGAGAACUACCCCAGAACAUUUUGGUUAUUUAAUUGCAUUUAAUUUCUGGCCAUUCCUUGGUCAGAGAGUAACCGAUAUGAAUUUAAUAGUCGCUUUUUGUUUUCAUUUCUUUUUAUCCUUGUGUUACAUGAACUAUAUAUAAAAGUAUAAACACCUUCCGUCUAUGACUUGGUGGUUGAUAAAAUUGAUUCUAUUAGGUAGGUGUUUGAAACUAACUAAACCUAACCCUGACCCAACACGUUGUGUACGGUUUUAGAAUGCGGAAUCAGACUAGCUUCAGCCGGAUACGCGGUUUUUGGUAUGGACUAUGAAGGUCAUGGUCGGUCCAUGGGAUCUCGUUGCUACAUCAAGAAGUUUGAAAACAUUGUAAAUGAUUGUUACGACUAUUACACCUCUAUUUGUGCGCAAGGGGAGUACAUGGAGAAAGGCAGAUUCUUGUAUGGAGAAUCUAUGGGAGGCGCAGUCACUUUAUUGCUUCACAAGAAAGAUCCUUCCUUUUGGAACGGCGCCGUUCUUGUCGCUCCAAUGUGCAAGAUAUCAGAGAAGGUGAAGCCACAUCCGGUGGUGAUCAAUCUGUUAACUAGAGUCGAAGAGAUGAUACCUAAGUGGAAAAUAGUUCCAACAAAGAACGUGAUUAACGUUGCUUUCAAGGACCUUGCCAAGCGCGAAGAGGUAAAGAACAAUAAGCUGAUAUAUCAAGACAAGCCUAGGCUCAAGACCGCACUUGAAAUGCUUAGGACAAGCAUGAACCUCGAAGACAGUCUCGACGAGAUAACAAUGCCCUUCUUUGUGUUACACGGAGAAGCAGACAUAGUGACGGAUCCAGAGAUAAGCAAAGCCUUGUACGAGAAAGCUAGCUCAAGAGACAAGACUCUCAAGUUGUAUCCUGGGAUGUGGCAUGCUCUGACGUCAGGUGAGCCUGAUAACAACGUCGAUCUUGUUUUUGCUGACAUCACCAGUUGGCUUGAUCGUAGAACAGCUGACCCAGCAUCUCUCACUGUCACUCCUGUACGAGCUACUACCACUGCUAGUGUGGAGAGAGUUAUUGUGACAAGUAACGGUAAAAGGAGAGCUAAACGUAGCUACUUGAACCUCCUAUGCGGUUUGAACGGUGGACGUUUGGUUCCUCGAUCUAGUGGUGCUAUGUAAAUGUAAUAAUUUCAAACAAAAAAAAAACAGAGAAGAUGAUACUGUUGUUUCUCAGUCUAUUUAUCUGGAAAAAGAGUUGAGCUAUUAAAAA